AUGAGACACAGAUGGCCCGAGGAGAUGCAGUACGCAGCCUCACCAGUUCCAUUGGUACCUGAGAAAGCUACGGACACAGGACCUCCAGUACCUAUUGUUCCUCCACCAGAGAUCUCUAGGGAGCAGGGGAUGAGAGAGGCAGUUCAGUUGUUGACUAGGAUGGUUUCUAUUCAUGAGCGAGAACUGGAGUCAGGAGUGAUAUAUUCAGAGAGACCAGUCGAAAAGUUCGAAGAGGAUGUGGAGUUGGCUUCUUUUCGGCUACGUGAUGUAGCCAUCCUUUGGUAUGAGGCAUGGGAGAGAUCAAAAGGACAUGAUGCUCCGCCAGCAGAGUGGGAGGACUUCUCUGAGGCUUUCCUUGCCCACUAUUUGCCACGAGAAGUUCAAGAGGCAUGUCUUGACCAGUUUAUCAAUCUGAAGCAAGGAACCAUGAGUGUGAGGGAUUAUAGCCAUAGGUUUAAUUCUUUGGCAAGAUAUGCACCAGAUAUUGUGCGUACCAUGAGAGCCAGAGUUCAUCGUUAUGUUAAUGGUUUGGCAGAUCAUUUGAUCAGAGAUUGUAGGGUAACAUCCCUAUCAGAUGAUGUAGAUAUUUCCCAUAUACAGGCUUUCGCUCAGACUACAAAGGACCUUUCUAAAUGGAUUUGUGAUACCCGCAAGGAUAGGGAGAAGAGUAAGAGGGCCCUUUUCCAUCGAUAUCCACCUCAGCCAGCGGGACCAGGUCAGAGCUCAGGCCAGCCUGAAGGUCGUCGACAGGAUGGUUUCGUACAUAUAAGACAUCCCACUCCUCAUUGUACACAAUGCGGUAAAUUGCACGCUGGGCAGUAUAGACAGGGUUCAGGUGCAUGUUAUCAUUAUGGGCAGACAGGUUAUUUUAUUAGUCAGUGCCCAAGGUUGAGCAGAGAUGAUCUAGCUCAGCCUUCAGGAUCCACAACAACAUCUUCACCCUCAGUCUGUGCCCCACGAAAAGGACCACAGUCUACUCAGGGUCAUUGUAGAGGGAGGGGUGAAGGAGAUACAGGUAUAUUGACGAUAUCUUCUCAAGCUGUUUACGCAUUGAUAGACCCUGGAUCUAUAUUUUCAUAUAUUACUACAUUUAUUGCUAGUAAGAUUGACAUGAAAUCUGAGUUGUUGCCACAACCAUUUGAGGUGUCUACACCAGUUGGCGAUUCUAUUUUAGCUAGUCGUGUCUAUCGGAGUUGUACGGUAUUAAUUAAUGAUCGUCCAACUUUCGAUGAUUUUGUUGAGUUGAUUAUGCUAGAUUUUGAUGUUAUCAUGGGUAUGGAUUGGUUGGUAGCUUGCUAUGCUAAUUUUGAUUGUCGUUCAAAGAUAGUCCGAUUUUACUUUACAGGUGAGCCAAUCCUUGAGUGGAAGGGUAAUGCAGCCACACAUAAGGGUAAGUUUAUUUCAUACCUUAGGGCUCGGAAGUUGAUUGCUAAAGGUUGUAUAUACCAUAUGGUUCAUGUACAUGAUAUUGAUAAGGAGCCCAUGACUCUUCAGUCAAUUCCUAUCGUGAAUGAAUUUUCAAUGGUAUUCCCUGAUGAUCUUCCCGGAAUUCCCCCAGAAAGGGAAAUUGAUUUCACUAUAGUCUUGCUUCCUGAUACGCAACCUAUAUCGAUUCCUCCCUAUAAAAUGGCACCUGCAGAUAUAAGAGAAUUGAAGGAACAACUAAAGGACUUACUCGAUAAAGGCUUUAUCAAGCCAAGUAAUUCCCCAUGGGGUGCCCUAGUGCUCUUUGUUCGAAAGAAAGAUGGAUCCUUACGGAUUUACAAGGUGUUAAAUGUUUUUCCAAGAUUGACUUGUGGUCUGGUUACCAUCAAUUGCGACUUGCGAGUCAGGGAAGUUGAUAUCCCAAAAAUAGCAUUUAGGACGAUGUAUGGCCAUUUUGAGUUCCUUGUCAUGUCUUUUGGGAUUACAAAUGCCCCAUUCUUGGAUGAAUUUACUCUCCAAGAUUGCAAGUUAUAUGCUAAAUUCUCUAAAUGUGAUUUUUGGCUUACCUCAGUAGCUUUUAUUGGUCAUGUUAUUACAAGUGAGGGUAUUAAGGUUGAUGGACAAAAGAUUGAAGUUGUGAUGACUUGGUCGAGGCCAUUGAAUCUAAUGGAGGUUCGCAACUUUUUAGGCUUGGCAGGGUAUUACCGAAGGUUUGUGAAGGGAUUCUCUUCUAUUUCUGCACCACUGACAAAAUUGACACAUAAGGCAACAAAGUUUCAGUGGACCGAGGCAUGCAAACAGAGCUUUCAUGAACUUAAAAAAAGGCUUACCACAACACCUGUCCUAACUCUUCCAGAUGCUUAUGUUGUUGCUGAUGCGCUCAGCCGAAAGUCCAUGGGUAGUCUAAGUCAUGUUGAAGCUGAUAAGGCUGGAAUUACAAAAGACAUAUGCCAGCUAGUUAAUUUGCAAAUAUGUUUGGUAGAUGCAGGAGGCGGAGCUGUUGUCGUUAAGAAUAUGGAAGAAUCUUCCUUUGUGACUGAAGUGAAAAGGCGGCAACAUGAAGAUCCUGAGCUUAGGAAAUUGAGGGAAAAGAUUCCACAGCAGCAACACCCCUUAUUUGAGCUAACUGGAGAUGGAGACCUUAGAUACCAAGGUCGCUUAUGUGUAUCGACAGUUGGGAAGCUCCGUACAAAUAUUCUUUCAGAGGCCCAUUAUUCUAGAUAUGCAUCUCACCUUGGAGCGACGAAGAUGUAUCAGGACCUUCGACAGAUCUAUUGGUGGAAUGACAUGAAAAAAGAUAUUGCCGAGAUGGUAGCUGAAUGCCCCAACUGUCAACAAGUUAAAGCAGAGCAUCAGAGGCCUAGAGGCCUAACCCAGUAUAUUGAGCCUUUGUUAUGGAAAUGGGAUAUGAUAAAUAUGGACUUCAUCACUGGCUUUACUCGCACUCCAUGA